CACGCGCGCAACCCACACAAUGCUCGCGCUCCGUCUUCCGCUCCGCUUGGCUGCCCGCGCUGGCCCUUCCAAUGCGCGUCUCGCGACCCCGGUAGUCGCUUCUUCAUUGUCUGCUUCCAGAUCAUACCGCACCAAGGCCGAUGGUUCUACUACACCCAAGAAGAAGGAGGCAGCUGGCACCACUGUACCAAAGAACAAGGCCGGCCCGAUAUCCAAAACCGCCGCCAAGGAAGCUGCUGCGAAGAAGGCUUACAAGCUCUUGAGUCCCGAAGAGCAGGCCGCCAUCUCAGAACAGGCAAAAGAAGCCAAGGCCAAAGAACAGAUCAAGCUGCUCAAAGCCAAAGCUCUUUCUCCCCCCAAGAACAGACAGCUCGCUAACUGGGCCAUCUACGUGAGAGAGAACGCCAAAGACAGAGCUCAAGGCUCCCCCGUCACAACCGUCAUCAAGCAAUUGGCCGAAGAAUUCAAAAACCUGUCCACCCGUGAGAAAGAGCACUUGAACCACCAAGUCAACGAGGCCAAUGCAAAGAGUCUGCGCGAGUAUGAAGAGUGGCUCCAUGGCCACACUCCUGCUGAGAUCCUCGCUGCCAACAACGCCCGCUUACAAUUGCGCAACAAGCUCGCAGACACCGGGAACAAAUACAUGCCCAUCAAGGAUGAUCGUCUGGUCAAACGUGCCAGAGGCUCCUGGAUCAUCUUCCACAGUGAACGCUUCAGUUCUGGUGACUUCCGCGGCAUCAAGGCUGGCGAUGCUGCCAAGGACAUUGCUGUUGAAUUCAAUGCUCUGUCCGCCAGCGAGAGAAAGAAAUACGAAGAUCUGGCUGCCAAAGAUCUCGAAAGAUAUGCCAGGGAAUACCGAGAAAUUUACGGUGUCGAGAAGCCCGACUGGAGCAAGAAGACCAAAUCCGCCCCUUCUACAUGAGUAUGAUGCGUAGUUCAGUCGCUUGGUCACCAUACCACCGCUGACACUCUAUCCGACGGACCUAACCCUGCCGUCAUUGUCGAUAUUAUCUAUCACGUGCAUGCCUCAACCCCUUUUUUUUUCAAAGUGAAUUUUCUUCUGGUCUGGUCUGGUGGUGAUUACAAAAGAGGCGCCAUGGAUGUCGGGGGAGAUAUGGGACUUGGAUGUGUGGUUUGAUGAGAUAGAGGGUAGACUUCUUUUCUCCCACAGGCGUGGGACUUUUUGAUACCUCUGUUGUACAGUGAAAUGCUAUGUUCUGUUCUCUCGAUCUCAAUUUCGCUUCUACUCUUGGAUUACGUCUUGUUCU